CAUGAUGGUCCUGGUUCUCUCUGGGCUCUGGAGGGUUAACAUGCAGGCUGUAUGGGCAGUGUGUAAGCCCCGCCCCCUCCUUCUCUGAUUGGCUGUGUGCUCUGAUAGGAAAGCAGUUCAACUUUGCCCUUGUCCCAGUUCAUUCACAGCUGAGCUGACAGAGUCCAGAAAACCUGCAGCCUCUCAUCAGGACAACAUGGCCAGCUGUUCAGGAUGUGGACCCGGAUACCGCAGCCCGCUGGACGCCAUGAAAGGUAGUCGGGAGGAGAUUGUCUACCUGCCGUGUAUCCACUGCAACACCGACAGUCUGAAGCCAGAUUACCUCGCCACCGUCGACGUUGACCCAAAGUCUCCCACCUUCUGUCAGGUGAUCCACCGGCUGCCGAUGCUGAACCUGCGAGACGAGCUGCACCACUCGGGCUGGAACGCCUGCAGCAGCUGCUUCGGGGACGCCUCCAGGAAGAGGAACCGUCUGAUUCUCCCGGCACUGCUCUCCUCCCGAGUCUACGUGGUGGACGUGGGCACGGACCCCCGCGCACCACAGAUACACAAGAUCGUGGAGCCGAUGGAUUUGUUCUGGAAGUGCGGCCUGGCGAACCCUCACACCACACACUGUCUGGGCAACGGGCAGAUCAUGAUUAGCUGUAUCGGAGACCCGACCGGCAACGGCAAAGGGGGGUUCGUUCUGCUGGACGGUGAGACAUUUGAGGUGGUCGGAAACUGGGAGCACUCGGGGGAAGCAGUGAACUUUGGAUACGACUUCUGGUACCAACCCCGACACAACGUGAUGAUCAGCACCGAGUGGGGCGCACCCAAAGCUCUGGCUGGAGGGUUUAACCCCGCGCACGUUAAAGAAGGUCUGUACGGCAGCUGCAUCCAUGUUUGGGACUGGACCACGCACCGGAAGCUGCAGACGCUGGAUCUGGGCGAGGACGGAGCCAUUCCCCUCGAGGUCCGAUUCCUCCACGACCCCGAUGCCACCGAGGGAUACGUGGGAUGUGCUCUGUCGGGAACCGUCUACCGGUUCUACAAAACACCGAAAGGUGACUGGGCUGCAGAGAGAGUGAUCAGUGUUCCCAAUAAGAAGGUGGAGGGAUGGGCACUGCCGGAGAUGCCUGGUCUGAUCACAGACAUCCUGAUCUCAUUGGACGACCGUUUUCUCUACUUCAGUAAUUGGCUCCACGGUGACAUCAGACAGUAUGACAUCACCGACAGGAGGAGCCCACGAUUGGUCGGACAGGUGUUUCUGGGAGGAAGUCUCGUCAGCGACGGUCCAGUCCGAGUCCUGGAAGACCCAGAGAAGCAGUCGCAGCCCCCCCCACGCAUCAUCAAGGGGAGGAAGGUCUCUGGAGGUCCCCAGAUGUUGCAGCUGAGUUUAGACGGACGGAGACUUUACGUGACAACGUCUCUGUUCAGCGGCUGGGACAAACAGUUCUACCCGGACAUGGCCAAAGAUGGGUCAGUGAUGAUGCAGAUAGAUGUGUCUGUCUCCGGCGGUCUUUCUCUGAAUGAAAACUUCCUGGUUGAUUUCGGUAAAGAACCGGACGGUCCGGCUCUGGCCCACGAGGUCCGAUAUCCCGGAGGAGACUGCACAUCCGACAUCUGGCUGUAGGAACACCUGUAGGAACACCUGGCUGUAGGAACACCUGUAGGAACACCUGGCUGUAGGAACACCUGGCUGUAGGAACACCUGUAGGAACACCUGGCUGUAGGAACACCUGGCACCAGACUCCAUGUAAAUAAUCAGGACUUUUAAACUAGAAACUAAGAAACUAAA